AGCAGACGCUCCCUCAGCAAGGACAGCAGAGGACCAGCCAAGAGGGAGAGAAGCAAUUCCAGAUCCCCCUGAAAACAACCCUCAGACACCACAUCCCCCGACAAGCUGCCAGGCGGGUUAUCUCUCUCUCACAUACUGCCCCAAGGCUCCACCCUCUCUCCCUUGGAAAGAACAGCCAUGAGCACUGAAACCAUGAUCCAGGACGUGGAGCUGGCCGAGGAGGCGUUCUCCAAGACCCAGGGGCCCCAGGGCUCCAGACGGCGCUGGUUCCUCAGCCUCUUCUCCUUCCUGCUCGUAGCAGGUGCCACCGCCCUCUUCUGCCUGCUGCACUUCGGAGUGAUCGGCCCCCAGAGGGAAGAGUCCUCCAGAGACUUCUCUCCAAUCAACUCUCUGGCCCUGGCAGUCAGAUCAUCUUCUCGAAUCCCGAGUGACAAGCCUGUAGCCCAUGUUGUAGCAAACCCUCAGGCUGAGGGGCAACUCCAGUGGCUGAACCGCCGGGCCAAUGCCCUCCUGGCCAAUGGCGUGGAGCUGAGAGAUAACCAGCUGGUGGUGCCAUCAGACGGGCUGUACCUCGUCUACUCCCAGGUCCUCUUCAAGGGCCAAGGCUGCCCCUCCACCUUUACGCUCCUCACCCACAGCAUCAGCCGCAUCGCUGUCUCCUACCAGGCCAAGGUCAACCUCCUCUCUGCCAUCAAGAGCCCCUGCCAGAGGGAGACCCCACGGGGCGCUAAGACCCAUCCCUGGUAUGAGCCCAUCUACCUGGGAGGAGUCUUCCAGCUGGAGAAGGGUGAUCGACUCAGCGCUGAGAUCAGUCCGCCUGACUCUCUCGACUUGGCUGAGUCUGGGCAGGUCUACUUUGGGAUCAUUGGCCUGUGAGGAGGACGAACAUCCAUCCUUCCCAAACCCCUCCCCUGCCCCGAUCCCUUUAUUAUCCCCUCCUUCAGACACCCUCACCCUCUUCUGGCUUAAAAGAGAAUUAGGGGCUUAGGGUCGGACCCCAGGCUUAGAACUUUAAGCAACACCAGCACCACUUGGAAACCCGGGACUCAGGAAAGUGUGGCCUGCACAGUAAAGCACUGGCAUCCACGAAGAAUUCAGACUGGGGCCUCCAGAACUCACUGGGGCCUACAGCUUUGAUCCCUGAACUCAGUCUGUGACAUCUGGAAUCUGGCCACCAGGAGCCUUUGGUUCUGGCCAGAACGCUGCAGGACUUGAGGAGACCUCACCCAGAAGUUGACAUGAGUGACCUCGGCCUUCCUUUCUCCAGAUGUUUCCGGACUCCCCUGAGACACAGAGCCCGGCCCUCCCCAUGAAGCCAGCCCCUCUAUUUAUGUUUGCACCUGUGAUUAUUUAUUAUUUAUUUAUUAUUUAUUUAUUUACCGACGAAUGUAUAUUUAUUUAAGAGGUCGAGGCAUCCCGAGGGACCCAGUGUAAGAGCUGCCUUGGCCAGACAUGUUUUCUGUGAAAACAGAGCUGAAUAGUAGGCUGUUCCCAUGUAGCCUCCGGGCCUCUGUGCCUUCUUUUGAUUAUGUUUUUAAAAAUAUUCAUCUGAUUAAGUUGUCUGAAAAAUACUGAUUUGGUGACCGACUGUCACUCAUCACUGAACCUCUGCUCCCCAGGGGAGUUGUCUGUAAUCGCCCUACUAUUCAGUGGCGAGAAAUAAAGUUUGCUUAGAAA